CCCCUAUUGAAGAGGAAGAGACCCGCCAAGCUUCACAUUCCCAUAGCUUCUUCUCUCACUUUUGAGGUCCCGCCGCCGGCGACUUCGCCGGCGAGUGACGUCGUCGAGGUUGAGGGACGUGGGUUUUCCGUGUAUUGCAAGAGAGGAAAGAGACCCCACAUGGAGGAUCGUUACUCUGCUGCCGUUGAUCUUCAUGGAGAACCAAAACAGGCUUUUUUUGGUAUAUUUGAUGGGCAUGGGGGAACAGAAGCUUCGGAGUUUGCUGCACAUAACUUAGAAAAGAAUGUGUUGGAUGAAGUCAUUGGGAGAGAUGAGAGUGACAUUGAGGAGGCAGUGAAGCAUGGAUACCUCAACACAGAUUCUGAUUUCUUGAAGGAGGAUCUUAAUGGUGGCUCUUGCUGUGUAACAGCGUUGAUUAGGAAUGGUAACCUUGUUGUGUCCAAUGUUGGUGAUUGUCGUGCUGUCAUUAGCAGAGGGGGUGUUGCAGAAGCCCUCACAUCUGAUCACAAGCCUUCAAGGGAAGAUGAAAGGGACAGAAUUGAGACUCAGGGUGGCUAUGUUGAUAUGUGUCGUGGUGUUUGGAGGAUCCAGGGAUCAUUGGCUGUUUCUAGAGGAAUUGGAGAUAGACACCUUAAACAAUGGGUGAUAGCAGAACCUGAGACCAAAGUUCUCAGAAUUGAAACUCAACAUGACUUGUUAAUCUUAGCUUCAGAUGGAUUAUGGGAAAAGGUUAGUAACCAGGAAGCAGUGGAUAUUGCUCGUCCUUUAUGUGUAGAGAGCAAUAGACAACAACCAUUGGUGGCUUGCAAAAAGCUUGUUGAUUUAUCUGUGUCACGAGGCUCUGUGGAUGAUAUAAGUGUUAUGAUUAUCAAAUUGCAAAAUUAUAUUUGA